UGAUGAUGAUUCUACUGGAGUAUUCGAAUUACCUCCAAGAAUGGGACCACCAAAUGUCACUUACAAAGAUUCCAUUUUAAUCGGAUAUACUAAGUAUGAUAAAGAAGAAAUCAAAAAUAUAAUUCAAGAACUAUCAAAAGAAUGGAAAGGAAAUACCUAUAGGCUAUUAACAAGGAAUUGUAAUCAUUUUACAAAUGAAUUAUGCCUGAGAUUGGUUGGUAAAGCUACUCCAAGUGUUGUCCCUACAUCUGGUUGGAUUGAUCCACCAGAAUCUGAAGCAAAUGAUUUGGAAACCAAAUCAAAAUUAAAUUCGGCUAACAUAUACACACUACUAUCAGCAUCGCCAUUUUCUACUCCACCUUCAACACCAUCUUCAGAAACUUCAUGCAAAUCAUUUAAUAUGUUAAAUCAAAUAAUAAAAAAGGAAACAAAACCAACAAAAACACCCAGUAAUUAA